CCGGGAGACGUUUGAUUUUGAUGACGACUGCGACAGUUUAACUUGGGAGGAGAACGAGGAAACGCUGCUGCUUUGGGAAGACUUCACCAACUGCAAUCCCUCCAUUGACCUCCAAGGAGAGGAAGAAAACCUGGGAAACUUGAUCCACGAAACAGAGUCUUUCUUCAAAACGAGAGACAAGGAAUACCAGGAGACAAUAGGACAGAUAGAGCUGGAACUGGCCACGGCCAAGAGCGACAUGAACCGGCACCUGCACGAGUACAUGGAGAUGUGCAGCAUGAAACGGGGCCUGGACGUGCAGAUGGAAACCUGCCGGAGGCUCAUCAAGGGCUCAGCUGACAGGAAUUCUCCAUCCCCCAGCUCCGUAGCCAGCAGCGACUCAGGAAACACAGACGAAAUUCAGGACGAUUUGGACAGAGAGACGGAUGUGGAGCCCAUGGUCAGCUGAUAGGAAGUGGGAGCGUGCCGGAGAAGGGGAAGACGGAGAGAAAAGAUUCCAAACCAAUUGCUGGGGGAAAGGUGAAAAACUCGAGAGCCCCUGCAGAGGGGCUCUGAGGACUCAUUCCUACACGCAUCCCCUCCCACCCAAGGAUUGGUGCUGUACAUUUCUAUUGUUCUACAAACCAUAAAUGCGGAGUCCUGUAGGAAAACACGGUGUUUUAAUUGUGCCUUUGCCCCAAGCUGAGCCACUUUGAGCUCCAGUGGAAUAUUAAUAGCAGGUGUUUUUAUAAAAUACAUUAUUUAAAAAAAACAAAACAACCAAAGCUGGUGGCAGCAGAGGAUGGUGCUGCAGAGGCUCUGGGUACUUCAAUGAGCUGCUGGUUUUAUUGAGCUGCUGCACUGAUUGGCAAGAGCAACACUGGCAAAAAGAGCAGCGAAACCAAGAGAGUUGUGGUGCAAUUACCGAUGUCUGGCACAAAAAACAACAAAAAAAAAUUGCCUCCAAAUUGAACUGCAAAAGUUUAAAAACGACAGCAGGUUUGGAGACAGCUCGUCGGGCGAAGCAGUUGUCCGAAAUUUGGAGGGUUUUCUUCAUCCCACCCUUUGGGGUGAGGGAGCCUUUGGGAUGUGUCCAAGGUUUCUGCUGGACUCCAGGACCUGGAGGAGCGGCACUCAGCUCGGUGGCAAAGA